UAUUAAGCUAAUUAGAAUCAUUACUGGUGAAAUAAAAUAUUCUGCGAUGACAUGGAAUAAAAUCCGAAACUUGCGUGAAAAAUAAAUCAAGUCAGCCAAUGAAGAAAAUUUAAACGUGCAAUUACAGAAAUGACGAUUCCGCCUCAAUAUUUGAAAAAGCUCGAAUUAGCUAAACCUGCGGACUUUUCCUUUAAAAAGUUGACAUGCAUCACAGCCAUUGGUCUGGAAGGAGUCCGGUACACUCGAGUGGGUGGCGUUCCGGAUAGAGGCCCGGAAAAGCGAUUUCUUACAAAAUCGCUCUGGUUGAACAACAAUAAACUGAAGAGUACGAGAAAUAUUCACGAGUUGGUAAAUGCCACAAUCGAGUAUCCGGCCCAACUUGGAUGGAUAGAUUUCUCGUUUAAUUACAUAACCGAAAUUGAAGAACAGAGCCUGCUGAAGUUUCCAAAGCUAACCAUAUUGUACUUUCAUGGAAACUGUAUCAACGACUUGAACGAAGUGUAUAAAUUGCGGCCGCUAACAGAAUUGCGAAGUGUAACAUUUCAUGGCAAUCCAAUAGCGAAUCAUCCUCGAUACAGAAACUACGUGGUCUCUGUUCUACCUCAAAUAGUAAAUUUAGAUUUCACACCCAUUGUUAAAACCGAGAAAUUGUUCGCCAUGCCGCCGGAGGUUAUAAAGAAGUUUAAAGAAGAAAAAGAAAAACAGAAGGCGGAGACUGAGAAGCGCAAACCACAACCUGCUGAAGUAAAUCCUUGAUCUCAUCUGUAUUUUACUUAUAUCAUUAAAGUCCUUAUUCUAA